AUGGACGAUCUUUCAGGACUCGAGUGGUCGUCGACCAACUCCUCUCAGGCUGCGAAGCCCGCUGCCCCGAUGGGCAUGAGCCAGAAUUCCUUCUACCCAUCCCUUCGCCCAUCGCCCUCCCCCCAGGUUUCCGGCCGCAACACGCCUCUCUCUGCACAGGGCUCCGGCCUCAGUGCCCCGAAACCCACGACGACCAAGCCUGCAACCGACAGCUUCAGUAACCUGGUGAACUUUGGAGGUGGGGCCAAGAGCAAUGCGAACCUCAGUCUACGCGAACGCCAGGAGCUUCUAGAGGCCGAGAAGCGCAAGAAGGAAGAAGCUCAGAGGAAGCAGCUCCAGGCAAACUAUGGAGGGGGUCAGUUCUGGGAUACUCUGGGCCAAGGCUCGGCCAGCGCAUCACGUACGGCGUCCCCUGGGUUCCCCUCGAGCGGGGCUGGAAUAGGGGCCCAGAACGGGCAGAAGAAAGCCGACGACGACGAGGAUCUGUUUGCUGCUUUCAACAAGAACACAAAAGUCGACAACUCGAGCCACUACCCACCACCACUACAACCAUCUUCAGGAAAGAGUACUCCAGCCAGCGCUGCAAGGUUGGAUCUGAGCAACGCGAGUGCGUGGAACGCACCACCGACGUCCGGCAGCAAUGACUUCGGGGACGACGACGAUCCGUUCGGACUCAAUCAGCUAAAACCGAAGCCUUCACAACAAGUUGGAACCUCGUCUGGUGCAGCUGAUGAUGAUGACUUCCUGGGUGACCUUGCCAAACCCGUCGAAGAAGUCCGCCGGCGGACACAAGCCACACAGCCGAAGCCGGAGCCGGGCAAACCUAUCGAAGGGUCGGACUCGGACUCGGAGGCAGAGCCCGAGAGGCCGCGCAGGACAGGCGGAGAUGAUCCGUUCGAUAAGGCAGUCGCCGAGUUGGUGGAUAUGGGGUUCACCCCAGAGAAUGCUCGGCGGGGCCUCACUGAGAGCGGUGCCGGCCUGAACGUGCAAGCUGCCGUUGGCUGGUUACUUGAUGAUGCACACAAGAACUCGUCACGCCCGAAGCAGGGUGCACGAGACUCUCCUGCCGACCGCAUGAGAAGUCAAGGCGACGCGGGACGGUCAAGGAACAACGCAAGCCCGGCAUGGAUGGGUGAGGGCGGCUCAGAUUUACCACCCCGAAGAGAUAACAGGUCGCCCGCCGUUGGCGAUCUUUCUCAGAAGGCGGCAGCGGUGGGAUCCAGCUUCUUCAAGACGGCAAACUCAUUGUGGAAGCAAGGUCAAAAGCAAGUCCAAAAGGCUGUGGCUGAUUUCAAUCAAGAAGGCGGAGGAGACCCAAAUCAGCCCAAAUGGAUGAGGUCUGCUCAGCAAGACAGGCAAUACGGUGGAGAAUCACAACCCUCUGCAGCAACCGACGAGGCUGCAAUGCUUGAUUCUGACAGACGAGCCGAGAGAUCCUCCUCCAGACCGGCAAGAGAGCCACAGUCUACAGGCUCUUCGAGAUACGGCCCAUCUCGUGAUGCUUCUCCCGGUUUGCCUAUAAGACCACAGGCGCAAUCAUCUGCAACACCAAGAUGGCAACAGUCCCACCCAUCACUUGAUCCUCGUGCGCGCCUUAAUAAGCAAGCUAUCGAAGAGCAGAGCGCCCAGGCCUAUGUCAGCCCAGCGAGAAGAAAGAAAACAACACCGCAGCCACAUCCGCAACCUGAGCCUGAAGUUGAUCUGUUUAACACCACGGCUCCCUCGUCUUCUCGACCACAGCCCCAGCGGGCGCCUUCGUCAUCCGCUGCCGUCAGUAAGCCGUCUAGUCAGCAAGCUUCGCGCACCAUCACCCCAAGGCCCCCCGUUCCGGCAAGACAAAUACCCAACGUUUCUCCCGCCGUCUUGCAGGCAUCCGCCAAACAUCGCCUGGAGGGAACAGCCCAUUUCAAGCGCGGCGACUUCGAUGCAGCGCAUACAGCCUACUCCAACUCAUUGGCUGGCAUUCCUCAGAUGCACCCGAUCUGCAUUGUUCUGCUCACCAACCGGUCUCUCACCGCAUUGAAGACUGGAAGUCCAAAGCAGGCCGUAGACGAUGCCGAUGCAGCGAUCAAGAUUAUUGGACCAUCCCGGGGUGAGGGUGAAAAGGUAGCAAUAGGCGACGGAGAACACCGUGAUAUGAAGGACCUCUAUGGCAAAGCACUGAGCCGAAAGGCAGAGGCAUUGGAACAAAUGGAGAAAUGGACCGAUGCCGGCGCCGUAUGGCAGCUCUGCGUUGAGGCAGGGGUUGGCGGUGCCAAUGCCACAGCCGGGCGUCAGCGGUGUCAGAAAGCACUUGCUCCAAAACCAAAGCCGGCCGCCAGACCAGUGCAAACCUCUCGGCCACGGCCCAAACCAUCUGCGGUCUCAGACUUGGCUCCGCAAAAGAGCUCGGAGGCUGUACAAAGGCUGAGAGAAGCCAACAAGGCAGCCGAGGCCGCGGACGACGAGAAGUUUGCACUCGGUGAGAAGGUCGACGAUCGUAUUUCAGCCUGGCGCGAUGGCAAGAGAGACAACCUUCGGGCGUUGAUUGGCAGCCUGGACCAAGUGCUGUGGGAGAAUUCUGGGUGGAAGAAAGUUGGUCUUCAUGAGCUGGUCAUGGCCAACAAAGUCAAGAUUCACUACAUGAAGGCUAUUGCGAAGACCCAUCCAGACAAGCUUCCCCAAGAUGCCAGCACCGAGGUCAAACUCAUCGCGGCGACCGUCUUUGCCACCUUGAACGAGAGCUGGGACAAGUUUAAGGCUGACAAUGGUCUGAAGAAACCUGGCGAGUAUAGUGUCGUACUUGUCAAUUUCCAGCGCCCUUCUUCGAAACUCUGCUACCACUCGGACGGCCGUGUGAACCCGCCCGGGAAUGAAUCCAAGACCAUCGCCGAACCAUUGGCGGUCAUACUCUUCAGUAACCAUCUCCAAAAAUCCUGA